UUGAGGCUCGACUAAUAUCAGGUGCAUCAGCGUUGCCUGAGGGCCCUGGUGUUUGGGCUCAAGCCCCGCCCACCAGUUAGACGACAUCUCAACAGAGAGCAACUCACCAGACAACUAGCAGUAGAAAAUAAAGCACACACACAUUCGCACCAUCCCACACACAUUCACCAACACCCUGCGAACCUAGUUGGAGCGAACGGGUGCUGGCUGAGGACAGCGGAGCGGCUCUCUCCAGGCCCAGGACACGGUUGCGAAGCAGAAAACAUCCUUUGGAAUCAAGAUGGAAACCGUUCAAGAACGCAAGCCAAAAAGGCCCCACUACAUCCCUCGACCGCCAGGCAAGCCUUACAAGUACCAAUGUUUCCAGUGUCCCUUCACCUGCAACGAAAAGUCCCAUCUCUUCAACCACAUGAAAUACAACCUGUGUAAGAACUCCAUCUCCCUGAUGUCACAGAAAAAUGGGCAAACAGCCCGACAGGCCAAGCCUGCGGCGAAGGAAGUCCCUGACAAAUGCGGGGACUUCCGGAGCCCCCCGGCUGAGAAACAGGGGGGCCCAGAGGGCCCCGCGGCCGACGACAGAGAGGACCCCGAAGAGGUCGACGUCGGGGGCGGCAGCCCGGUCGACGAGGACAGCCGCAGCGAGACAAACUCAAACCCACCAACGGAGGGGGAGAACGCCGACGAGGGACAGCCUGCGCCGCGCCAGUCCGCCUUCUCCCCCGUCACGCCCAAAGGCGACGGGGGAGAAGCCUUCAAGCCACCCGUGCAGCCGCCGGCGGAUUCGCCAGCUCCCGCUUUCAACCACCAGGGCUUCCCGUGGGUGUCUUUGAAACCGUUCCCCGCCCCCAUGGUCCCUGAAUACACGCCGUACCUCCUGCCCGACGGGCCCCUGUAUCCGCCGUACUACCUCCCACCCGUCCACCGCGCCGAUGAGACGAACGCGCCUUCCUUCCGGCCGGAGUUCAUGCAUCCCCAGAGGCCCGUGGUGCCGCAGCCCGUUGCCCCACCUCACGCUUCCCUCUUUCCUCCGUACCCGUACAGAUACUGCCACCCUCUUCACUCGGGCGCCCCUCUGCAUUUCGCCCUGUACAGACCGCACGAGCUCUCCGUGCCAGUCACAGGACCCAGGUACCUCCCUUUGGAUCUGUACGGCCCGUCCCUCGUGCCGGAGGGUUACGACUUGUACCUGCACUCCCGGUCUAGCCUCGACAGCCUCAUCGCGUCCACCCGAGAGGAGAGCAACAACGGGCAGAGAGAAGGAGACAAGGAGAGCAGGCCCAGGGAGGGUCCCAUGGAGGGCUGUUCAGCGCUGGGGUCCCCCGACAGACCCGGUCAUGCGCACAUCAUCCAGAGAGACGCAGAGGCCCCACACUACACCAAGCAGAGCGACCCACAGGCAAACACCCAGCCGGGACACGCAGCUGCACCCAUCCACCCCAUCACAACCGACGUAAGGCUCGAGGAGUCCGCAAAGAGCUCGCUGCAGUUAAGGACAGAUGGAGGAUUUGCCGAGAGCCACAGACACUCCUCCGGGAUGGCUUCCGAGCCACGAACUCAACCAUCGCCGGACCAGGGCAGGGAGCACAGCGGAGAAGAGUUGACCCCCCUGAACCUCUCAACAAGGACCCAGGGCAAAGAAAGAAGUCACAGGCCGAGGGGCUCAAGCCCAGGCGGCUUGGACGGAAAAGAGUUGCCUCUGAACCUCAGCCUGCGAGCUUCCGAGAGCAGCCCCGCUCGCAGCUGCACCCCGAGCUCUUCAGAAGACCUCCAGCCGGGGUCAGACGCCGAGCCGGAGGAGGGGCCAUGUGACCAGAGGCAGACUGCAGCGCUGGCCCUCUGUCAGCUGGCCAUUGCAAGCUCCGCUCCCGCUUUGCGUGCCUUUAGCACUGCUCAUAGGUCCUCUGUGGAUUCCACGGACACUUUGAGUUUUGGCUCUCCAGAGAAGACCAAACCCACAGGUAUUGCUAAGAAAACCAGUGUGAAAAGAGCAGGAAGUGACCAGGCUGAUAGCAAGUGCCAUAAAGCAAGCAAGAGAGCGAAAGCACCAGGACGGGCUCUGAGGAGGAGGCCUCGCCGCUGCUAAGCUGUUUUCAUUACUCGGAAUGAAGGACACAGCAUCUGGAACCUUCAACGCUGAAAGCCUAAACUCCAGAUGGUCAACUUAUUGAACAUAAUUAAUAAUGGAAAUGUCCGUAGCACUGCGACAUUGUCAAAUGUAAAAAAGAAUCGUUAAAUGAAAAGACUUGAUGUGCAUGUGUUGCUCUUGGUUGUAAAAAAGGUGAAAAGCCCUUUUUAUAUGGGAUGUUAAUAUUUAAAUCAUACAUUCUUUUGGAAGAUGUGGUAAUGUAUUGUAAAUGUAAAUAUAUUUUUAAAAAUAAAUAAAUGGUCAACCAGAACCAACUUACACUGGCACACA